AUGCGUGCGUGCGUGUGUGUGUGUGUGCUCUCUCUCUGUCUUUUCCGCUGGCCCUUACCCCCCCCGUCUGCUCCACCUCCGCCAAUAGCACUGGCGCGUCUUACGCAACCGGCUGGCUGGGUUGCAGAAAUAGGUUUCACCCGCUUGAGCGCGCAUACAGUUUUCUUUGUGCUACGCAAGGGACUUCAGCUCACUCUCACAGACGUACUCCCGCUACGCCGCCUCUCUUUUCCUUACCGGAUAUAUCUCGCUCGUAGAAAGCAGUCAAACACACGCCGAGACAAGAUGCAGUGGCUCGACAACUACGGUGACCACCACUACAACGGCCACGCCGUGCGGAUGUGGCUGGCGAGCAACGUGGAUGUGUGCGCUUACAUCGCGGGCGCGUACCUCGCCUUCGUCUUCACCGGUCCACGGCUCAUGGAGGCUAUAUUUCACGGCAAGCCGCCGAUAGGCGUAAAGAAGGUGUGGGCGCUUUGGAACCUCGGGCUCUCAGUCUUCUCACUCUACGGCUGGCUGCGUGUCGGACCGCCGCUGCUGCGUCAUCUGAUGAACGACGGCCUGCACAACACCCUCUGCACCUUCCACGAGGAUGAGUUCUACACCACCAAGGUCGGCUUCGCCAUCGGUAUGUUCGCUAUCUCGAAAGUGCCUGAGUUCAUCGACACGGUCUUUCUGCUCAUGAGCGGCGUGAAGCUCGGCUUCCUCUCCUGGUUCCACCACGUCACGACGUACCUGUUCGCGUGGUACAGUUAUCAGCAAGGGACCAGCAUCUUUAUCUGCGCCGCCGCCAUGAACUACUUUGUGCACUCCAUCAUGUACACGUACUUCGCCCUCGCCGAGGCCGGCUUCAAAAAGCUGGUGAAGCCGUUCGCCAUGUACAUCACGCUGCUCCAGAUCACGCAGAUGGUCGGUGGCCUCUUCGUGUCGGGCUACGUACUCGCCAAGAAGCUCACCGAUGACCCAUCAAGCCCCUGCCCCGGCACGUCCAUGUCCGCCGCCCGUACGCAGCUGGUGAUCUACAUCUUCAACUUCUACCUCUUCUCAGAGAUGUUCAUCAAGGCUUACGUGCUGCCGCGCAAGGCCGGCGCCGCCCCGCGCCGCCCCUCACCGUCGAAGAGGGCCUAG